AUGACAGAUAACCAUUUGUAUCAACUUGCUCAAGUCAUUUCCGAUUUAUCACCAAGAUCAUCACCGACUCUUCCACCAUUAGAGCAACGACAUGAUCAACGUAUUCUACCUUUAAGAAAGAAUUACGCUAUCGACUGUAUUUGUGAAGAAGUACAACCUCGUCGUGGAAAGAACUUACCAGAAGGUGGAUUGGAUUCUAGAGCUAAAAAACUCAACCCAACUGAUAAAGAUGAUUAUGAUUUUACUAUGAAAUGGCUUCAAGAAAAUGCACACGCUAUCUAUCGAGAUAAUACUAAUAAGGUCGUGGGUCUAUCCAAUCAAACAGAAGUAGGACUUUGCAAGGCACAUAGUUCAACGUUGUACAGGGCCAAGAAAAGGCGGGAAAGGGACAAUUAUACAUCAUCACCUCCUUCACCACCGGAUUAUAUUGAUACACCAAUGGAUUUAACAGCACCAAGUGGUGGAUUAGCAGCAAAAGUCAAAGAAUUAUCACAACAACAACAACGAUUAUCACCUCAACAAUUACCAUCACCUUUACCUUCAGAUUUUAUGAUGGGUCCAUCUACUUCAUAUAAAAGGAAACGAACUAACAACAAUACUGCAUCAAAAAUGUCAUCACCACCAUUAGCAUCCAUCAAACCACCACAUUCUAGUGCCUCAACUCCAUUAUAUGGAACUGGUCCCUUACUUCAACAACAUCCAACUUCGAUAUCUUCACCACCAUCUUCUUAUUUAGUACCUCAAUUACCCCCUCUUCAACAACAGCAACAACAACAUGUACAGCAACAACAAUCAUCAAAUACUUCACCUACUUCCCCAUUACCACCUAUGCAUCCACCACCUAUUCAAAUUGAAACAGUGUCAUUGAAAAGUAUGCCGUCAGACGAACCUUGUAUCUAUUUUAUUCGAAAUCUGGCCAUCACUGAUACCUUCACUUUCCGUCAUUUAUUGGAUGAAACCGAUAUUACUAGUUCUCCUCCUCCACCUGGCAAACGAAUCAUCAUUGCUGAUCCAACAAGUGAACGUAUAUUUCCUCUUAGCCAAGCUAUUCGAAGUGUUUUACCUCAUCCUAUAUCUUCUCAUAUGGAAUUCUGCCUUGGUUUGACCGACAAAACUUCUGUUGAUUGGAACUCUCAUACAUGA